AUGGAGCAGUUACCCACUGUUCAAGAGUUUGUUCUGGUCUCUGGUGUACCCAUUGGAAUCGACGGAGUUUUCAAUGUGCGCAGUUUCGGCGGCUAUCCCAGCAACCUGAAGCCCAACUGCUUUACGCGAGAUCGGAUCAUUUAUCGCUCAGGCCAUCUCAAAGACAUUACCCAGCGUGGACUCGAGCAGGUCCGGAAUCUAAGUAUCUCGACAAUCAUUGACCUUACGAACUCCGGCGAUACAAAGACACUUUUUACGGGCACUUCGAGCCUUGGCCAUUGCAGAGUCGUCCACCUACCACUAGCAAAGCAUGAGUUUUCCGUUCAACAGCUGGCCGAGAAGUACAAAAGAUACCUUGAGCAGGGAGAGAAGGCCAUUGCCGAGGGCUACUUCCAGCUCCUUGUCGAAGGACACGAUGUUAUCGGGAACAUUCUCGCAUUGAUACGCAACAAUCCGAAUGAUGUGUAUCUUAUCCACUGUGCAAUGGGCAAGGACCGGACCGGAGUGGUUUUUGCAGUUCUGCUCUCCCUAGCCGGCGUCCCCGAAGACGUUAUCGCCGAGGAGUAUAGUCGAAGCGAAUCAGCCCUGGAAGCAUCCCUGCCUGAGAUUGCGACAGCGAUUAAGAAAGCCAUGCCGACAGUGACCGACACUGAGGCGCAGUGGAGGGCGAAGAUUGUAAUCCAGACGAGGUUUGUCGCCUCCGAAAGAGGCAAUGCUGCUGAUGUUGCAAAUGGUGACGGAACAACUUGGUGGGAUAAAGGAGUACCUGAAGACUUGCUGCGGUGUCAGCGGGGAGGAUAUCAAAUGCCUCCAGGAUAUCCUAACUACUACGCGAACAUACUCUAA